AUUAAAGGAAAGAAUGAUGGAAGUGUCGGUACUGAAAGAUAUUUCACCUGUGCAGAAAAUUAUGGAGUUUUUUCAAGAUGUAAUCGUCUUAGUCGAAAACAAUCUGUUGUUGCUCAGGAAACACAGUCAUCAAGCAUCCGAAAAUUCAGCAGUGGCACCUCGGCCUCUAAUCCUCCUGGAGGAUCUCUGGAGGCCAGGGGAGGAUCCCUAGAGCCUAGGGGGUCAACCUCGCCUACACUUUCACCUGCUGAGUCUACUACCAGUUUAUCUGGUGGAGCACUUCAGAUUGGAGAUAGAGUUAUUGUAGCAAGCUCAAUGGCAGGAACUAAAACGGGAACUUUAAAGUAUUUAGGACCUACGGAUUUUGCUAAGGGUGAGUGGGCAGGAAUUGAACUGGAAGCUCCGAUUGGAAAAAAUGACGGUUCUGUUGAUGGAAAAAAAUAUUUCGAAUGCGCGGCAAAUUUUGGACUUUUUGCGCCACUUCAUAAGGUUUCUAAAUCUCCCAAGAUGCGAAUGAUGAAACCUUCAGCAUUAACCCCGGGCAAACUUAGACGGGAGAGUUCGACUCUGUCUGACCGGAGCACUGUAAGUUCAAUACAAGGAAGAGGAUUUAGUACACCUGACAAAUCAGACAGACAGGGUUUGGUUACUCCGGCCACGGUGAAGUCCAACACGUCGGCGUUGAAGGAGAUGCUGAGGGACAAGGAUGAACGGAUUAAUCAGCUUCUCAAAGAUCUGGAUUUAGAACGAUCUGAGGUUGGAAAGGCUGCCAGCCAAACAGACGAGGUUGAAACUAAGCUGACCAAGGUCCAACAAGAACUUAGUACGUGUAGAAAGAAUGUUCUGGAACUAGAAGGAUCCCGGGACCAGCUCAAGGAUCUUUUAGAAGAGGAAAGGAAACGGGCUGAAGACCUGCAGUUUAGGCUUGAGGAAGAACAGAUUCUUAGGGGUGAAGGUAGGACUGAAGAGGAAUCAGGAUCUGACUCAUCUGAGCUUAGAGUGAAUCGAGAGCGAAUAAAAGAGUUAGAAAUAGAAAUAGUAACACUUAAAACCCAACAUGAAGAUGCUGCUGGGAAUGGGAAGGAGUUGGAGGAGGAGAAGGAGAGAAGCAGAAAGGAGUUGGAGAAGGUUAAGAUGGAGUUGGAGGAGGAGAACAAGGUAAUGAGGAAGGAGUUGGAAGAAAUGAAGAAAGAACUAGUAAAAUCGGAAGAAAAUGAAUCUGCUUUGAAGGAACUAAGAGAUAAGAUGACAAACUUAAACCGAGAGCUUUUACUGGAGCAGAAGCGGUCAGAGACUGAGGCCAACAAAGUGUUUGAGGCUGAAGAGCAGUUAAUGGCGUUAAAUGAGGACCUUGUUCAAAUUAAAAAGAAGAUGGAAGUCUCUGAGCAGAGUCUGGAGGCAGAGAAGAAGAGAAGUCUGGAGCAGAUUGAGUCUUACAGGACUGCAGAGUUCCAGUCUGCGGAAACAAUCAUUCAGUUAGAGACAGAGUUAAAGACGAAGGAGAACGCCAUGAUGGAUCUUACUCAUAAGAUUAACAGCCUGGAGAGUAAAGCUGCUGAGAUGGAAUCAAAAUGGAGUUCGGCUUCUGGAGAUGUUAACUCUGGUAAAAAAGAGGUUAAUGAACUUAAACUAGCACUGACCAAAGUUGAAGAUGAACUGAAAGAAUCAAAGUCUAAGCUUUUUGAGACUGAGACAAGAAUCAAUGCUCUUGUUGAAGAAAGAGAUAUUAUAAACCUGGAGAAAGAUGAGUUAGUGAUUGAACUAAAAAAUAAGGAAGGAUUAUUGGCAAACAAAGAGAAAGAAAUAGAAAGUUUAAAAACCAACAUAGCGUCUUCUGGAUCAGAUUUUCAGGUCCAGGUUCAAGAAAAAAUCCAGGAAAUAUCUGCUCUGUCCUCCAAACUGUCCACCCUUGAGGUUCAGCUGGGACAAAAGACCAAGGCCAUGUCUGAAAAGGAAGGAGAGAUAUCAGAGUUGAAGGCUACUGUUAAAAGCAUUCAGAGUAGUUUGGAUCACAUGACAGAGCUAAAGUCCAAUUGUGACAAGGAGAUUGGCAUGCUCAAGGACUCUAUCAACGGAAUGAAUGAGGAAGUUGAAAGAUUGAACCAAACAAUCAAAAAGAGAGAUGAUGACAUUGAAUCUGCUAACAAAAGCACAGAUAAACUUCAGUCAGAUCUUGAUACUCUUUCUGUCCAACUAGUUGAUGUCAAAGCCUCUUAUGAAAAACAAAUUGGUGAUAUUGAGUCAAGCUUUGAAUCUGAAAAACUUACCUUGGCAAAAUCCAACAAAGGAUUAGAAGAAGAGAUUAUGAAGUUUAAAAAGAGUUUUGAGGCCGAAGUUCAAAAGCAUGAAGAGUCCUUGAAAGAGCUGGAACAUACAAAGGUCGGAGAGUUGAAGAAGUUGGAGAAAAAGAAUGCUGCCAAUGAGAAAAAGAUAGAGGAGCAAGCAUUAGAAAUAUCUCGUCUUAUCUCAGACUCUCAAUCCUCUGCUGAUCAUAAGGACAGGGAGCUGUCUAGUUUGAGAACAGAAACUGGAGAACUCAAGGAGUCCAUCAAACAGCUCAAAUCUAAUAUUUCGGUCCUGAACGAGAAUCUAGCUGAAAAACAGGCUUUUCUUUCUGAGAAAGAAGCCGACAUGGUUGCACUCAAUACUGAAUUAACCUUGGUCAAAUCUCAAGUAGAAGAAUUGAAAAAGGUUGAACUUGAGGCUGGAAACUUAAGAUCUGUUGUUGAAGGUUUGAAGGAGGAUAAAUCCAGCCUUGAAUCCCAGCUUCUAAACCUUCAAACUGAGACUACGGAUAACUCCUCCCAGGUUCAAUCAUUAACCCAGUCAAACACAGAACUGAGCUCUCAGCUCUCAGAACUUAAACAAACCCUGGCGCAGUGGAAAGAAAACUUUGCUAAGCUUGAAGCUGAGAAGAAGGAAAAAGAAGCAGGGCUUACAAAAGAUCUAGAGAAAUCAAGGAUAGAACAUGAGCGUGAAAUUUCCAAGCUUAAUAAAACUCUGGAACAGUUAAAAAAUACCUGUAAGGAAGCUGAAGAUCAGCACAACCAAUCCAUAGAAGAGUUAAAGCAGAAUCAGGAAGUUCUUAUUAGGAAGAAGGAAAGUCUUAUACAGGAAACAGAGGAGAAGAUUGAAAAGUUUAAAACUGAACUGACUGAUCUCAAACUUAGACUUGAUGCUGCAACUGAUGACAUCUCAGAGAAGACUGACAAGAUUGAGAGCUUGGAAUGGAAGAAGAGUGAGUUGGAGACUCAGCUGGAUCGCGUCAAGAUCAACCAUGAUGAGGAACUUGGAGAGAUGGUGGACAUUGUUAACGAUCUCAAACUAAAAGAAGAUGAACUUGUUGGUGUGCGUCGAGACCUAACUGUGCAAAACAAGAAAAUAGAUGAACUGUGUGCGCAGCUUUUAAAGCAGGAAUCUACGCAUAAGGAGACAAUGAAGAGGAAAGAGGAGGAGCAUGUGAAGAAACUAGAGAGUAUGGAACAGAAGUUUGCUGAAUCGGUCAAUCAGGCGCAGUUCCUCAAGGAGCAGAUGGCGAGCAUCAAGGUGGAGUCUGACCUUCAGGUUGAAAAAGUUAGAAUGGAGAUGGAAGGAGAGAUAAAGAGCCGGAAUAUUGAAAUGGAUCAGAAGAUCAGCAUAAUUAAUAAACUCAAGGACGAACUGGUUUCCAAGGAGGAGGAGUUGGAAUUCACCAAGGAGGAACUCCAAGCCAAGAAGGAGGAAAUUGAGGAACUCAGCACUGACCUGGAUAUCAAGGAGGUCAGUUUCAACAACGAGAACAAGGAGAUAGAGGAGAGGCAUAAGGAGGAGGUGGAGGAACUCAUUUCUAAACAUGAAACUCUCAGUGCUAAAAUCGGGGAAUUAAACGAGAAACUUGCGCGACAAACAUCUGAGUUUGACUAUAAGCUUGAUGAGUUGACUCGAACUAAGAAGGUUGAGUUGAACGAGGUGAAAGACCAGCUGAGUGAGAAGGAGACCUUGAUCCUGGAUCAGGAGUUGGCAAUGAAGAACCUGGAGAUGAAACUGGAGUCCCUGGAAUCCACCAUGAAGGGAGACAGUGAGCUUGCCAACACGAAGCUUGAAAAAAUAUCCUCCGAAAAUGAGUCCCUCCGACGCAGCAAAUAUGAGCUAGAAACGAGCCUGAAAACCUUGAACUCAGAGCGAGAUCAUAUUGUUCAACUCAAUGAAGGUUUAAGCAUUAGAAUUGUUGAAUUUGAAGUCCAGGUUCAGGAAAUGAGCUCACAGUACCAAUCCUUGAGCGUGCAGUAUGAAAAGCAGCAGGUUGAGUUGACAGAAAAGUGUGAGUUGAUGAGCCAAGGUGCAGGCUCACUCGCAGACUUGGAGCAACUUCUGUCUACAGAACGAGCCAGGGUUGACUCACUCCAGGUUGAGCUCAAUGAUCUUGAGAGUGAGCGAGAUCAGCUUCAAGCAAUGAUUGAAAAAACCAACUCUGAAAAUGAAAAACUAAUCAAAAUAAAUUCUGAAAAUACUGAACUACAGGGUCAGGUGACUGAAAUGACAAGGAAAAAUGAGUUUUUGUUUGAAGAAAUUGCGCGAGAGCGAUUACGACUGGAGAGUAAGAUCACAACACUGGCGGAGGAGUUGGAGAAGGAGAAGGAGGAGAAGAGAAAUCUAUCCCAGAGUCUGGAUUCCGUCAGUUCGGAGAACUCUCAGCUGAGCAGCUACAAGAGACAGGUUCUCAUGCUGGAACAGGAGAACAAGGAUCUGGAAAAUAAACUGGUGACCCUUGCAGCUGAAUCCAGAGUCCAGAAAACAAAGUCCCCCUCCCCUCUAGCGGACGGGGAUGAGAAUCUGCAGGGUCAGGUGGAUUUUCUCAACUCUGUCAUCGUGGACAUGCAGAGAAAGAAUGACGAGCUAAAGUCGAAACUUGAACUACUAGAAAAUGCCGGCGUUUUGGAUGAAUCUAUUGAGUUCUACUUCAACGGUGUAUCUGCCCGACAAGCUGCUCCCCGACUUUUCUGUGAUAUUUGCGACGAAUUUGACCUUCAUGAUACAGAGGACUGCCCUAAACAGGCUAGUAGUGUAGUGGAGGAAACCGGACACAGUAAACAUUCUGGAAAACGGAAACCAGAACCUAGAGCUUACUGUGUUAUUAUAAUUAUUAAUAUUAUUUCGCGGUGUGGGUAA